AUGGCCCGGCCCGCUCUCGUUCUUUUUUCCUGCAUCCUCACCUUUUCACUCUCGCUUCUUCCUUGCGCUUCCCUCUCGCAGGACGGCGUAAUUCUUCUUAAAAUGAAAAAGGAAUAUUGCAGCGAUACUGAAGCUUUGAACGAUUGGAAUGAAUCUGAUCAAAAUCCGUGUGCUUGGAGUAGAAUCUCUUGUGAUACAUUCAACAGCGUUACCAAAGUUAAUCUAACGGGUUCUUUUAUUUCUGGGAACUUGACUUCGGCUCUAUGUAGCCUUCCUAAUCUCACGACGUUGAUUCUCUCAUACAAUGAAUUCGGCGGUCCCUUCCCCGAUGGCUUCUUGCAUUGCAAGCGUUUGCGCGGUCCCUUGCCCGAGGGCCUUUUCCAUUGCAAGCUUUUGCGGCAGCUUGAUGUAAAGAACAACAAAUUUUCUGGAACGCUGCCCAUUUCAAUCUCCGAAUUGAGCGACUUGAGAGAGCUGUGCCUGGCAGGUAAUUCUUUCAUAGGUCCCUUCCCCCACGGCCUUGUGCAUUGCAAGCGUUUAGUGCAUCUCGAUUUGUCGGAAAACCUGUUGGCUGGAAGGCUGCCCAGUCGUAUCUCCGAAUUGAGCGAGUUAAGAGAGUUGAACCUGGCUUAUAAUGAUUUCAGUGGCUCCAUUCCUCCAGUCUUUGGAAUGCUGCCAAAUUUCGCAGUUCUCUUCCUCGACAACAAUAGAUUGAAUGGGCCAUUCAAUGUUCUCGGGAAUAUGAAGUAUCUGGUGAACUUCAUGAUUGGCAAUAAUCUUCCGCAACCUGGUGUCUUACCCAGAGGGCUUGGGAAUUUAAAGGAUUUGCAGAAGUUAUCGCUAUAUAACUGUAAUCUUGUAGGUGGAAUCCCGGAUUUCUUCGGCAGAUUGACGCAGCUGGAGUGCUUUCGACAUUGGGAGAACUGCUUCUCAAUCACAAUAAUUUGUUCCGGACGAAUUCCUGCCAACAUUCAUCAACUGAGGAGCUUAACCAUUUUGGGUCUUAGCGACAAUGACUUGUCUGGACGCAUUCCUUCCGAAUUACAAUGGGAUUCACUGACUUAUUUCAAUUUAUCCAACAAUAACUUGUCUGUACACAUUCCAGAAGUUCUAGACAAGCAGGCUUACAAAGACCGCUUACUGCCCAAUCCAAGGCUAUGCGGGGCUCAGAUUUUAACGCUACCUUCGUGCUCCUCUCCAUACAAGUUGUCACCUGAGAGAUUGGCUACCAUUCUGGUGGUACCGUUAAUCAUUGUAGCCGUGGCUUUGAGCUCCAUUUGUCUUUGUCGUUCGUCUCUGAGGAAGCCAACUGACAGGCCAUCGUGA